ACAGCGAUGACUGGGUGUAGGAUUGUGCAUUGAAAAUAAAGAAGGCAGGAGCUGUAUGUUUGAUAGCAGCCAGCUGAGACUGAGGGGCGUACGAUGCAGCAGGAUGGUGGUUCCCUACAGUGUUUGUGUGCCGGAUUAGCUGCUACUUAGCUUCGUGUGCGCGCGUGUGUGUGCUGCAGAAGCAGGGCGCACCGAGCCUCCAGCCAGCCGCGUCAGGUGGAUGCGCCUGCAGUGAUCCAGGUCGCCCCUAUGGAUCGCGUCCAUGGAUGUCUUCAAACCCGCUUUGGACAGUAGUUUGAGUCCUAACGCGUGCGUUUCCUCAACGGAAGAAGCAGAGGAAGAUGUUUUUCGCUGGCCCACACCGGCGAAUGGCAUCAGCGCCGCGCCGGAUGCGGGACCCACCGCGCCGGGCUUCUGGACGGCUGUAUUCGACUAUGAAGCGACUGCAGACGACGAGCUCAGCCUUCGGAAAGGGGAUCUGGUGGAAGUCCUGUCCAAGGAUUCCCUGGUAUCAGGAGAUGAGGGCUGGUGGACCGGUAUGAUAGCAGACCGGGUUGGCAUCUUCCCGUCUAAUUAUGUCAGCAAAGGGACCGGCAUUCCUGAGGAAAUACGGGCCACCUCAGAGCAGCAGUACCCAGUGCCUCCUCUGCACCUUCUCGAGAUUAACUUCUCAGAGCUCACUUUGGAAGAAAUUAUCGGGGUUGGUGGUUUUGGAAAAGUCUACCGUGCAGUGUGGCGGGGCGCAGAGGUGGCGGUGAAGGCAGCACGACGGGACCCUGAUGAGGAUUUGGAGCAGACGUUGGAGAGCGUUCGUCAGGAGGCCAAGCUUUUCGCCAUGCUCAACCAUCUCAACAUCAUGGCUCUGCUGGGGGUGUGUCUGCAGGAGCCCAACCUGUGCCUAGUAAUGGAGUACGCCCGAGGAGGCCCUCUCAACCGGGCCCUAGCCGGGAAACGCAUCCCUCCGUGUACUCUGGUUGACUGGGCUGUGCAGAUUGCCCGGGGCAUGCACUACCUCCACUGCCAGGCUAUAGUCCCCAUUAUUCACCGGGACCUCAAGUCCAGCAACAUCCUUAUUCUUGAGAGGGUUGAGAUGGAAGACCUCAGCAACAAGACUCUGAAGAUCACAGACUUUGGACUGGCUCGAGAGUGGCACCGCACAACCAAGAUGAGCGCUGCCGGCACCUACGCCUGGAUGGCUCCUGAAGUCAUCCGCUCGUCUACGUUCUCCAAGGGUAGCGACGUUUGGAGUUAUGGUGUGCUGUUGUGGGAGCUGCUGACUGGAGAAGUACCAUUUCGCGGUAUUGAUGGUCUCGCAGUAGCUUAUGGAGUGGCGAUGAACAAAAUGGCCUUGCCAGUUCCAUCUACUUGUCCUGAGCCCUUUGCACGUCUUAUGGAGGAAUGCUGGAGCCCAGACCCUCACUCUCGGCCACAGUUCACAUCUAUCCUGGACCAGCUGACGGCCAUUGAGGAGUCAGGCUUUUUUGAAAUGCCAGCAGAAUCCUUCCACUCUCUGCAAGAUGACUGGAAACUGGAAAUCCAGGAGAUGUUUGAUCAGCUGAGGACCAAGGAAAAGGAGCUGCGAUCGUGGGAGGAGGAGCUGACCAGAGCUGCCCUGCAGCAGAAGUGUCAGGAGGAGGCGUUGAGGAGGCGCGAGCAGGAACUGGCUGAACGUGAGAUUCACAUCCUGGAGCGAGAGCUCAACAUCAUCAUUCACCAGCUCUACCAGGAAAAGCCUCACGUGGAGAGCAGGCAGGGCAAGUUCCGACGCAACCGCCUUAAACUCAAGGAUGGGAACAGGAUCAGCUUGCCCUCAGAUUUUCAGCACAAAAUCACCGUGCAGGCGUCUCCUUCCCAUGAUCGACGGAGGAGUUUGCUUAGCAGCAGUUCCAGCCCUCCCACCAGUCCGCCAAUGUUGCCUCGCCUGAGAGCCAUCCAGCUCACUCCAGGGGAGGGUUGUACAGCCUGGGGUCGCAACACUUGUCUUCAACCUGAUGAGGAGGAGAGUGAGAGGAAGGGGUCUAGAAAAAAGGGCAGAUCCCGUGGAUGUGGCCCAUACAGAGAACAUAGCGCUGAUGCCAGCGUGAAGCCUCCCCAUGAGGGCAGCAGACAACGGUCCUGCAGUGCCCCAAACCUCCGCAGAUCCCCUAGACACAGCCCAGCAGUGCCUGGAGUGCCAAGCCUUGUGGAGAUGGAAAAUGAAGACUGCUGUUUCACUGCUGAGCCAGGAGCAGCCCCUGGUCAGUCCUACCUCUGCAUUCCCUUCCAUAAGGAGGCCCACACCGCUGCUGCUGCUGCUGAUGGUGAUGGAGAUGAGUACUGCCUCAGCAGUCAGGUGCCAGGAACACCACCGUGCAGGAAGAGCCCAGCUGGAAGCAGGCGUUCUGAACUGGUCUUGCUGGGCUGUGGGGCUCUGCUGGCAGCCGUCGGACUGGGCUGCAACUUGCUAUCAUUGGCCCAACCAGAAGAGAAUAUCAAACCGCGCUGGGAGGGCUUUUUCCACAAGACAGGGAGCCAGAGGCGAAACACAAGCCCCCCAACUCGCAGACUGUUCCGGCGGGAAAGCCCGCUCAAACCGUCGGCGCCCUCACUACCUGAACGAGCCUUGCCCUCCUCAUACACGCUGCUGUCAUUGUCAUCGGUGUCUGACUGCAACUCCACUCGCUCACUGCUGCGCUCUGACAGCGAGGAGCUGUUGGUCUGCCGCCCUGCCUCACCACCCACACAGCCUCCUCUGCCCCCUCCUGUCUCACAGCAUCAAGCCAUCCAAACUCCAAUCAACCCACUGGUCAACACCCACCUUGAGAGCUUCAAGCGCAACCCACGCCAGUCCCUCACGCCCACACAUGUUCCCUCUGCCACAAGUUCCUCACGCAGCCUGCGUCGAACACCAUCAGACGGAGCCAUCAAGAAGAGCUGCCCACCUAAUAAUCUGGAGCCAUUACCGGAAAAAACAGCAUUAGAAAACACAGGUUGCUUCAGAGUUUUAAAAGAAGAGGUCCCACGGCUGCCUGAUCCAAAUGUUAUCUUCCCGCCGACACCUCGUCGUCGCUGUGCUCCCGAACGGCCCAAAACCUUGGACUUUGUGGCUCGGCCUCGGCCGUCACCUCGAACACGCUCUGAUGUGUUUUGGGCAGAAGCGAGGCCCAGGGGAAAUGGACAAAUCUUAGGUAACGGUGAGUCCCCUGCCCACACCUCGAGCACAGAGACUCCACCCACUGUAGAGUUCGGGAGAGACCCGGCGGUGCUGCCUACCCCCAUGGAAGCACCGACACCCUACUCCCCACGCCGGAAUGAAAACCUGCUGGAUCAGCUGGAUGAGGGACAGUAUCGGGAUGGAACAAUCCCACUCUGCAGACCAGAGACAAGCCUUCCCAAACACUCACCUUACCGUUACAAACCAGGAUUCUGGUCAUAGCCCAGUCUGACCCCUCAUUGGUCCAACACAACAUGGAGACUGUACCUGCUGUUAGCCUUUGGAUUGUCACAAAUUUGGGUCAGUUAGUACUUGCAAACAAAAUCUGGAAUUUAUUCACCUUUCUCCAUCUGCACAGUGAUUUUAAAUACUAAAGAUAUUUACUGUGAAUAUGUUACCUUCCUGGCAGUUGUUGCAGUAAAUCUUUAAAUUUGGCAUCCAAAACUGCUAAAACAAAUCCUAAAAAAUAUUUGAAAAUAUCAUUUGACCCAGGCCUGCUUGAUUAUGCAUUAGAAGAGCAAAUUAAAUGUGUCAUUUAACUUAUAAAGAGAUUUUUUUUUUCUUUCAGACUAAAGUGACAUAAAGCUUUACACCCUUUUUAUUUUCAAGCUUGAAUUGAAGAUUGUGCAUUUAAUAAAGUGCACUUUUGAAAAGCAUCAUGAAUGUAAAGCUUCAGGUUUUUCCACUGUCAAAAAAAACUGGCUCUGCAUUGUAACUUGUCUGCAAAAGCAUUGUGUUAUGUGAAAUCCUCUGUACAUGUAUAUCACCCACUCCUGUUCUCAUGGCAGAUGGAUUACUGUUUUGUGCUGACCACCUGCUGUCACCAAUCACUUCUGCAGAGUACUCUCCCAGUGAUGGGGGCUGUUCUUGUAUAAUAUGUGCACCUCUUUGCAUUAGCUACCUGCAGUCUAGAAACAGUCUCCGUAAACUAAUGUCUGACAUCAUCUCGAGCUCUCUGUAUGGGGAUCCAUAAAGAAUAAUGGCACCACUGCUUGGGUUCAGAUAGAGACCAUUCCCUCUCUUGUCUAUUAUUUGUGUGUAAUCCUGUAAGAGCAGCCAGAAGAGAAACAUUUCUCCAAAUUAAAAAGGGAACUUUGUGACUCUGCAAGUUAUAUGCCUCACAAAUUGUUGAUCAAGAUGUGAUGAGGGAUGUAAAGUGUGUUUGAGAUGAUGUAUCAUCAGUGAUGAAAGGCCUCACAGAUAAAGCAGGCUGUGGGUGGCAUGUGGAAGUUUAGCCUGGGUUAUUUUUAUAUUUGCAUUGCUUUAUUUCAUCGUAUUUGUUAAUUAAUUUAUCUGAUGGUUUAUUUUUAUAUGAUUUAUUUUAUUUGCCUUGUUGACACUUAUUAAUGAUUUCCAUGAAAGUUUUUAGUGUUUUCUGCGUCUGUGCUAAACAUCCAGUUUGUUUUGCACCACUCCACAGAUUUCAUGAGCACAAGUGCAUCUCAAAAUUUUAAUUUGAUGGCAAUUUUCAGUCAUUUGAUUACACAAAUUCACAAGUUAAUAGUUAUUAAAAAAGAAAAUUAGGUGCUAUAUACAUGUAAACUGUUUUUUUUUUUCCUCGCCAGAGUCGGGUUAAAUAUUACAUGUUUUCUGAUGAUUUCUAUUUGUUUUAAUUUGCUGGACAGGGCAGUUUAUAACUAAAUGAAAUAUAUUUUAGAGAGGAAUUUACUCUGCUUUUGCCAGAGAUGAAAUUCUGCCAAUUAACUGCAAACCCACCACAUUAAAAGAAAAAAAGAGCAACAGUUAUUCGAAAACAAUUAACAGAAAUACUGACUUCAGCGUCUAUGCCUGAUCAUUUCAUUUUCAAAUGUUAAGUGGCCUCUUAUAUUUCAUCUCUCUUUGUUCUAAGUGUAACCUUGUAAAUGUGAAUGCUUUUACUCUGACGACUGUGCAGGAGCAACAUGCCGAAUGUGCUCAUGCUCAAUGUAGAAACAGUGUUUCAACUACGGGUGCUGGUUGAAACAAACUUAAAGUGUUAUGUCUGAAAUGUUACCACGAAUAAGCUGAACUGUUGCUAAUGGACACUGUUCAGGUUGGAAACAGUACUGUUCAUGCCUGACUUGUAUUUGCACUGGAACACAUUGAUUUGAGUAAAAAUCAUAGUAAACUA